CAAAAAAUAGAUACAAUUUAAAUGUGAGUAAUUUUCAUGAACGCACGCAUCCACAACGGUUUGCAAACAACAAAAAAACCCAACAACACGACGUAGUUUUUUCAAUGUAAUUAUUUUCUGGUGAUUGAGUCAAAAAUUGUCAUUGAAUUUGUGUUGAACGAAUUUAUGUGAAAUAGCAACGCUAUAAAAUUCCAUCAAAAUGCCGAAUGAAAUGAUAACACUGCAGCUGGGCCAAUGCGGCAAUCAAAUUGGUUUUGAGUUUUGGAAGCGAUUGUGUCUUGAACAUGGUAUAUCACCGAAUGGAACGCUUGAGGACUUUGCAACAGAUGCUGGACUGGAUCGAAAGGAUGUGUUUUUUUAUCAGGCCGACGAUGACCAUUACAUUCCACGAUCGGUGUUGUUGGACUUGGAACCGCGUGUCAUUCACUCAAUUAUGACCUCACCCUAUGCCAAAUUGUACAAUCCAGAAAACGUUUAUUUGUCAAAAGACGGUGGCGGGGCCGGUAAUAAUUGGGCAUCUGGUUUUAGUCAAGGUGAAAAAUUGCAAGAGGAAGUAUUUGAUAUCAUCGAUCGUGAAGCAGACGGCAGUGAUAGUUUAGAAGGUUUUGUUUUGUGCCAUUCGAUUGCGGGUGGUACUGGCUCUGGCAUGGGAUCCUAUAUCAUGGAACGAUUAUCAGAUCGAUUCCCCAAGAAAUUGGUACAGACAUACAGUGUGUUUCCAAAUCAAGACCAAGAUCAAGUCAGUGACGUCGUCGUUCAGCCAUAUAAUUCACUUUUGACAUUGCGGCGAUUGACCAGCUGUGCCGAUUGUGUCGUUGUUUUGGACAAUACCGCACUGAAUCGUAUCGCAACUGAUCGACUUCAUAUUGAGAACCCGACAUUCACACAAAUCAACACUUUGGUAUCGACGAUUAUGUCGGUGAGCACAACAACGCUCCGGUAUCCAUCAUACAUGAACAAUAAUUUGAUUGGCCUCACAGCACCAUUGAUUCCAACGCCACAAUUACAUUUCUUGAUGACCGGCUACACUCCACUCACCACUGACAGCGAUCAAACGGUGAAUAUUCGUAAAACAACGGUUUUAGAUGUCAUGCGACGAUUGCUGCAACCGAAAAACAUGAUGGUCUCAACAGCGCUUGAUAAAACAAAUCACCAUUGCUACAUUUCCAUUUUGAAUAUUAUUCAGGGUGAAGUGGAUCCAACACAGGUCCAUAAGUCAUUGCAGCGAAUUCGGGAGAGAAAAUUGGCUCAAUUCAUUCCAUGGGGCCCGACAAGUAUUCAAGUGGCACUGUCACGCAGUAGCCCAUACGUUCAGAGUAGCCACCGUGUAUCGGGUCUUAUGCUUGCCAAUCACACCAGCAUUUGUUCGUUAUUCGAACGUGUUCUAAGUCAAUACGACAAAUUGCGUAAGCGUGGCGCUUUCUUGGAUAACUUCAGACGUGAGGAUAUGUUCAAAGACGAUCUGUCUGAAUUGGAUGAAUCUCGUGAGGUGGUCGAUAAUCUCGUUCAGGAGUACGAGGCGGCCACACAGCCAAAUUAUCUCAGUUGGCAAGCAAAGAAGCCAGCCGCCUGAGCACACAAAGCAACCUAAAAUACUCAAUGCAUGUCAAGUACUAAUGUCAACUCACAAGCACAUACAAAAUUUCCACUCAAUCAUAAUGAUUUCCAAUUUAGUCAAUGAGACUGUGCUCCCUCUUUUUUGAUCAAAUUAUUCGCACAGAAUGCGAUUCGCACCAAUACAAAUAUAUAGUCUUUAAGAUGUUUUUUUUUUCGGCACAAGUGCCAUCGAUGAUUUAAAUAAAACAUUCACACAUAUUUUUGAGUUUCAAAAGAGA